AUGAGAGACUAUAGACAAAGCAGUGGAGGAGACUCUCGUGGAGGCUAUGGUGGCGGAAGUGGCGGAGGCGGCGGAUUUGGAGGUGGCCGCGGUGGCGGUUAUGGCGGAGGUGGCUACAACAGAGGCGGCGGAGGAGGCCGUGGAGGAGGAGCAUCGUCAAAUCCUGGUAGCAGGCUUCGCGAUAUCGAUUGGUCAAGAGAGGCAUUGAAGCCAAUUCAAAAGAACUUUUAUCAUGAAUGCGCUUCUGUCACAAGGAGAGAGCAGUAUGAGAUUGACCAAUGGAUUACUAAAAACCAAGUUACCUUGGAAGGAAGAGGAAUACCUCGUCCAGUAUUCGAGUUCAAUGAAGCUAAUUUCCCACCAGAGCUCACUGACUUGUUAUACGCCAAGUUCCAAAAACCUACUGUUAUUCAAUCGAUUUCCUGGCCCAUUGCUUCCAGUGGCAGAGAUAUUGUAUCUAUCGCUAAAACUGGAUCUGGAAAGACCUUAGCUUUUAUGCUUCCUGCUAUUCUUCACACAACCAAGCAAACUCCUCGUGCUCGUUUCGAGGGGCCAUCAGUUCUUGUUCUUUUACCUACUAGAGAAUUAGCUCAGCAAGUGCAGGAGGUUUCUAUCGAUUUCUGCAAAGCUCUUGGAAUGAGCAUGACUUGCUUGUUCGGAGGUGCUUCCAAGGGUCCCCAAGCUAGAGACUUGGAACGAGGUGUUGACAUAAUUGUCGCCACACCUGGACGUUUAUUGGAUUUCUUAGAUUCUGGAAAAACCACCAUGAAGAGGUGCUCUUAUCUCGUUCUUGAUGAAGCUGAUAGAAUGUUGGAUAUGGGUUUCGAACCUCAGAUUAGAAAAAUUAUCGGUCAAAUCAGACCUGACCGUCAAACUUUAAUGUUCUCGGCUACUUGGCCUAAAGAAGUUCGUUCAAUGGCAUCCGAUUUCCAAAAGGAUGCUGCAUUCCUUAACGUUGGAUCUCUUGAGCUUUCUGCUAACCACAAUAUCACUCAAUGCGUAGAUGUCUUAGAAGAGAGUGCUAAGCAACCUAGAAUGAUGGAAUUAUUGAAUGAUAUCAUGGGACAGCCCGAUUGUAAGACUAUUAUAUUUGUCGAAACAAAGAGGAAAGCUGACGAGCUUACUCGAUGGAUGAGACGAGAUGGAUGGCCUACACUUUGUAUUCAUGGAGAUAAAAAUCAGGGAGAACGUGAUUGGGUUUUACAAGAGUUCAAGAGCGGUAAAACUCCUAUUCUUUUGGCCACAGAUGUUGCUGCCAGAGGAUUGGAUGUUGAUGAUAUCAAAUUCGUUAUCAAUUAUGAUUAUCCUAACAACUCUGAAGAUUACGUACACAGGAUAGGACGUACUGGUCGACGCGAACAGAAGGGUACUGCUUACACCUUCUUCACCCAUCAGAAUGCUUCUAAAGCUCGUGACUUGAUUAAAGUUAUGACUGAAGCUAAGCAAACUAUUCCUCAACAACUGUAUGAUCUCGCUGGAAGAGCGGGAGGAAACGGUAACAAUCGUAGUAGAUGGGGAGGUGGAGGUGGUGGUUUCAAGAGAAACUACCACGGUGGUGAUGAUUACGGAGGAAAGAGAUCAAGAAACGCCGGUAAUAUGGGGGGUGGUGGCGGUAGCUAUGAUCGCUGGUAA